AUGGACGACGAACUCAUCACGCCCGUCUCGCCGACGCGCCACCAUGACCAUGUCAAUGUCGAUGUCGAUGCCGAGGCCGGCAAGCAGGCGACGCAGCUGGUCGCCGAGCUCGAGGCGGAGGGGCCGCUGCCGGCAAACAACUUCGCCUUCACCCCGUCGCAGUUGCACAGGCUGCUGAAGCAGAGGAGUCUUGCAGCUCUUGAGGCCUUUGGCGGGCUCAGCGGCCUUGUCCUGGGUCUGCGGACGGACAUUGGCGCGGGUCUCAGCGCUGACGAGGCCAAUCUCGAUGGCACAAUCACUUUCGACGAGGCCGUUGCCGCGGCUCGUGAGCAUCGUCAGCCGGUUCUCUCCCCCGUUGAGGAGCCGGUCGCUGUUCCAGGCUUGGCUUUCCCGAGAAGCGAAGCACAUCAUCAGUUCGUCGAUAGGAGACGCAUCUUUGGCGCCAACCGACUGCCUCGACGCCGGCAAAAGUCGUUUCUCAAGCUCAUGUGGAUUGCCUUCAACGACAAGCUCAUUAUCCUGCUUACCGUCUCGGCCUGUAUAUCCCUUGCCAUCGGCCUUUACCAGUCUCUCACAGCCGACGAGGACACAUCGAACAUCGAGUGGGUAGACGGGGUGACGGUGGUGGCCGCCAUCGUCGUCAUCGUCCUUGCCAGCGCCGCCACCGACUGGCAAAAGAACCACCGGUUCGAGAAGCUUAACGAGCGACAGCAGCAGCGUGAAGUGACGGUCCUCCGCUCCGGCAGGAUCCAGCAGAUUUCUAUAUACGAUGUCAUGGUGGGGGACGUCCUGCAUAUCGAGGCCGGCGAGGUCGUGGCCGCCGACGGUGUGCUGAUCGAGGGGUCCAGCUUAUACAUCGAUGAGUCGUCCAUCACGGGGGAGACUCAGCUGGUCCGCAAGACGGCUUCGACGGACCGCAGUCGCUCUCGAGCUGUCCAACCAGAUCCCUUCAUCUUCAGCGGCACCACAGUCUGUCGCGGCGUUGGCCGCUUUCUGGUCCUUUCAGUUGGAGAAUACUCGAACCACGGGAUGACGCUCAUGUCGUUGCGAGAGGACGUGGAGGAGACGCCUCUCCAGGCGAAACUGGGCAGGCUGGGUAAGCAGCUCAUCCUGUUUGGUGCCGUUGCUGGCGCCGUCUACUUUUUCAUCCUCUUUAUCCGGUUCCUCGUUCGACUUCCUCAGUACAAGCAUGCCCGGCCAACCCAGAAGGCCGAGGCCUUUCUUCAUAUCGUCAUGCUUGCCGUCACUAUCGUAGUCAUCACCGUUCCAGAGGGCCUGGCGCUCAACGUCACCAUCGCCCUUGCGUUUGCAACCACGAGAAUGCUCAAGGACCACAACCUCGUUCGUCUUAUUCGGUCGUGUGAGAUCAUGGGCAAUGCCACGUCCAUCUGCUCGGACAAAACAGGUACUCUGACCCAGAACAAGAUGGCCGUGGUUGCCGGCCGCGUCGGGCUUGAAAGCGGCUUCGAGGAGUUCGAGAUCCCCGUUACUGGUGCGAGCUCCAGUGGUUCCUCUUCGGUGGUGAAGCUUCCCUCGGCCAGGCAAUUCAUGUCGACCGUCUCUCCUCAAGUCGAGAGGUUGAUCAAGGAAAGCAUAGCCCUCAAUUCCACCGCCUUUGAGAGAGAUGACUCUGCAGGAGCCGAGUUCGUUGGAUCCAGCACCGAGACGGCUCUGCUCAAAUUUGGUCGAGAUCACUUGGGCAUGGGAAGGCUCGGGGAAGAACGAGCCAACACCCCGGUCGUUACCAUGCUUCCGUUUGAUUCUGCGCGGAAAUGGAUGGCCGUCUUGCUCAAGCUGCCCAACGGCAGAUACCGGCUGUUGGUUAAAGGAGCUGCUGAAAUAGUGUUUGAGUACUGUGCCUUUAUAGUGUCCGACCCGACGUACCAAGUCACCAUUGCCCGGCUCGAGGAACCGGACAGGGCGAGCUUUCGCAAAACGAUCCACGACUAUGCGGUCAACAUGCUUCGCCCGGUUGCUAUCAGCUUCCGCGACUUUGACGAGAACGAGGUAUUCGAGCACCCAGACGACGAUCCGGCCUCUAUCAACCUGGAAUGGCUAGCUUCGGGCAUGGUCUUCAUCGGCUUCUUUGGGAUUCGCGAUCCGCUUCGGCCGGAAGUCGUUGGCUCCGUCCGCAAGUGUCAAGAUGCCGGCGUCUUCGUGCGCAUGGUCACUGGCGACAACUUCCUCACUGCAAAGGCUAUAGCAGCAGAAUGUGGCAUAUACACCCCUGGCGGCGUUGCCAUGGACGGGGCAACUUUCAGGAGGCUGACGCCCUCACAGCGUGAUGCCAUCAUCCCCCGCCUGCAGGUGCUGGCGAGGUCCAGUCCCGAGGAUAAGCUGCUGCUCGUAACACGCCUGCGAGAGAUGAGGGAGACGGUGGCCGUCACUGGCGACGGAACAAAUGAUGCGCUUGCUCUCAAGGCGGCUGAUGUCGGCUUUGCCAUGGGUCUGCAGGGCACCGAGGUGGCCAAGGAAGCUGCUUCCAUCAUUCUUCUUGACGACAACUUUGCAUCCAUAGUCAGGGCCCUGAGCUGGGGCCGGACAGUCAACGAUGCCGUCAAGAAGUUUAUUCAGUUUCAAUUUACCAUCAACAUCACCGCAGGCAUCACCACAAUCAUAUCAGAACUCAUUGGUGAUUCGAUAUUCACCGUUGUACAGCUACUCUGGAUCAACCUCAUCAUGGACAUCUUCGCCUCUCUCGCGUUUGCUACCGACCAUCCCUCACCGGAUUUCCUGAUGCGGAAACCCGAGCCUCGCAAUACGCCGAUUGUGAGCAUCACCAUGUGGAAGAUGAUCGCCGGUCAAUCCAUUUACCAGCUGUUGGUUGUGUUUUUAGUGCACUAUGUGGGCUGGGAUCUAUUUAAUCCGGGCACUGAGCAUGAAAUCGAAAAGCUGCAGACGCUUGUGUUCAACAUUUAUGUUUGGAUGCAGUUCUUCAACCAGCACAACUGCCGGCGAGUGGACAACAAAUUAGAUAUCUGGUACCAAGGGAUUCUCAAGAAUCCGUGGUUCAUUGGCGUACAGCUUCUGACGAUCCUCGGCCAGUUCCUCAUCAUCUUUAAGGGAGGCGAAGCUUUUGAUACGAAGCCGUUGACGGGAGCUCAGUGGGGAUGGAGCCUCUUGUUUGGCAGCCUGACGAUUCCGCUCGGUGCCCUCAUCCGUCAAGUGCCUGAUGGGUUGGUCUUGGAGUUGUUCCGCCUCGUGAAGAAGCUCUUCCUUUUCAUCACUACUCCAAUUCGGAAUAUCUGGGCGUUGAUUUUUGCCAGAAGAGAAGCGAGGCCCGGUGAUGCCUCUCAAGAAGAGCUGGGAUCUGUAGACACCUCGGCCGUUUUAUCCAGCAACACUUUGGUCCACCAGAAGGACUCGUCGGCAAACCGAAUCACUUCAGACACCGAGUCACAACCUACCAUCAACGACAACGGAAGCAGUAGUGUACUUGAAAACUCUGCAACAGCUUCCAUGUCCGAAAAGAUGGAGAUUGACCUGCAAGCGCUGAUUGACGCCGCGAAACUGGGCCGACUGGCGGACAAGGAGAUGUUCGAGAUUCACCCACGCACGCUGAAGAACGAUCCAAUCCUCACACCACGGUCAGACUUGAACAUUCCGCCAAGUCAAGACCCGUAUAUCCUCCGAUACUUUAUCAGGACCAAGAGGGGCGAUGCCCGCGGCUCCAUCAGCAGAUCAUCGGUUCGCAGGCCUACGGUGCCUGCUCGGGCUACCUGGGUUGAGCCGAGGCGACCGGCUCCUGCUAGAACCAGACAGCAGCAGCAGCCGAAUCGACGGGACUGGAUCUCUUGGGAGGGGUUGCUCAGGUCGAAGAGGCGAUGA